ACCCAUGAUGCAGCGCGCGCCUGUGGAGCGGGCCGCCAUGUUUGUGUAUGGCUUCAGCUCCGUCUUCACAUAAAUCCACUCAGAAACACUUCGGGUCCCUCAGGAGAGAAAAAAUAAACACUCCGGAAGCAUCCGGAAUGCACUUAUCCACAUUUUAAAGGAAAUAAACAGAAGACACCCGCCGUCCUGUGUGAUGGCCGCCAGUCCCCGAGAUGAGGAGUUUGAUGAGUAUGAUAAACCAGGAGCUGAGAGAUCGAGGAGGCGAAGAGGAGGAGAAGAGGAAGAUGAUCUGGACAGUGAUUUGGAAGGCGACCUGCUGGAGGAGGACUGGCUUUCAUCCAAGAAGAAUCCGUCCGAGCUGUCAGACGAAGAGCUCAAUGAUGAUCUGCUGCAGAGUGACGAGGAAGACCAGGACACCAGUGUGCAGGGUGCAGCAGUGAGCCUGAACGCUACCUCAGGGCUCGGCGAUUCCUACCUGCUCCAGGAAGGAGACGAAUACGCAGAUGGGGAGUAUGGGGUGACAGCGGAGGGGGAGGAGGAGUACAGGGCUGAAGAGUAUGGAGGUGAAGAGGGAGUGGAGUACAACACAGCAGGAAACGAAGACGAGGUGCUGGACCUGCAGAUCGACGAGCCGCUGGAUGACGAAUUUCAAGUCGAGGACUACGGAGCCGAGCCACAGGAAGUGCAGCUUGGCCAACAGGAAGUGACCGAGGCGGAGAUGGAGGAGCCUGAGGAGGAAGUGGAAAACGUCUCUCAGGUUACGGAAACGGAGGAGGUGGAGCCCGAAGCUGAACACGAGGCUGAGAUGAAGGAGGAAUCAGACGAAGACGAGGAAGACGACGAAGAAUCCGAGCGGUUGCGUUUUAAAACCGAGCGCAAGGACAGCACCGUCGUCCGACUGUCCGACACCACCAGCAAACGCCGGAACAUUCCGGAAACCCUGGAACUGACCGAAGAGGCCAAAGCAGACCUGCUGGAGUUCGAGGAGAAGGAACGUCAGAGAAAACAUGGCCGCUUCUGUGGACGAGGUAGAGGAGGAGGAGGUGGAGGAGGAGGAAGAGGAGGGCCUCACAUGUUCGGGAUGGGAGGGUUCCGUAAAGAUGCAGGAGGACGAGGCAGGAUGAACGAAUCCAGACCUCCGCUGAUGCCAGGGCCCAGAAUGAUUUCCCCUCAGUCCCAUCGUCCACAGCCCCGUCCCUCCGUCCCCUCGCGUGGAGGUCCCGGUCUUUUCCCCCCGCCGCUCAUCCCGAUCCCCCAGCAGCCUCUGCAGUCCCUGAUUCCUCUGCGCUCGUCGGCGCCGCACCAGAGGCCGCAGCCGGAACCGCACCCACAGCGCCCUCACGGACACACGCAUCCACACACACACUCCAACCAGCAGCAGCAGCAGCAGCAGCCAAAGAACAUUCACAUCAACCCGCAUUUCAGGGGGCCGUCUCCCUCCUCACCUGCGCAGGUUCCGAUGAUAUCGCCUCCCCCGAAUCAGCCCAGGCCCAACCUCGGCCCUCAGAGAUUCCCGGGCCCUGUGGAUUUCCAGCAGCACCUUCAGAAUAGUUUCCUUCAGCCUCAGAGACCGCCACCGCCUCAGGAGCAGUGGAGAGGGCCGCCGCCGACUCACCAGGAGAGGGAGCUGUUCUUCAACAACGAGCCCCGUUUUCCAGCUCAGCCCCUGUUCGAUCUCCCAGGCCCCGCCCCUUUGUUGAACAACAAUCUCCUUCCUCUGUCGUUCCCCCAGCCGGGGUUUUGCUCCCCGGGCGGUGGAAUGUUCCAGAGAGACCUUCCUCCUCCUCGCCACAAUUUGGCUCCUCCUCGCCACAAUUUGGCUCCUCCUCGCAACAAUUUGGCUCCUCCUCGCAACAAUUUGGCUCCACCUCACCCGGCUUCUGCCCCGCCUUCACCCCGAAGCUUCAUGGGGCACAGGCAGCCUUUUCCUCCACAGCAGCACAACGCCCCCUUCAGUCCUCAGCACAUGCCGUUUGGCAUGCAGAGCCUAAUGCAGCCACACCCUCAGCCGCAGCACCAUGACCCUCCCCCACAUCCACAUCAUCACCCAAUGCAGCAGCAGCAGCAGCACAGACAGGAAGUUCCUCCUCUGCCUCAUCACCAGCACCAGCACCAGCAUCAGCACCAGGGUCAGCCUGCCGAGCAGCAUCCCAUCAUGCACAUUUCUCAUUCACCCUUCCGUCAGCCCAUUCUGAGCGGACCCAGACAGAUGAAGCCCCGCCCACAAAACAACAUGGGGCGCUUACGAAUGGGCUCUCCUCUGUCCCUGCAGCAAAUCCAGAACAUCCCUCAGCGCAACAGUAACCUGCGCGAGCUUCCCAUCGCUCCCGGCAACAACCACCCCGUUCGCUCCCCUCAGCCCAGGCCCUUCAACAAGGCAGCUCAGAAUGCCAGGCCUGGGGAGGGGCCAGGGGGAGGAGCCUUUGGGCAAGGGAGGGGUCUCGCUAAAGCUACCCCGCCUCCAGGAGCUUUAGUGCCAAAGAAUGAAAUGCCAGCGGCACAGACGGGCACACGCGUCCAAAAAACCCCGACACGCACACACACACUCGCCCUGCACAGGUACACCCACUCUCACACACCUGCACAGAACGAGGAUGAGGAUGAGGAGACGCGUCAGUACCGCCUGAAGAUUGAGGAGCAGAAGCGACUGCGUGAGGAAAUCCUUAAGCAUAAAGAACUGCGCAGGCAGGUACAGGCCGGCGCGCGCAAAAAGGAGCUGCUGGAACGCCUCGGAGGCCAAGCACCACCCCAAACACCACCCCAAACACCCCCUAAACAGACUCAAACCACACCGACUCAACCUCAACCUACCCCUACGCCCCCGACAGUCACCCCUAACGGUGUUAAAACCCGCCUACAGAACCCCAGUGUCGAGCAAAAGCAGCAGGUGCAGAACCCGCAGAGACUCGUUCCACAGCUCCAGAAACCCAGCGCUGAUGUCAAGGGGCCUCCAGAGGAGAAGAACAUCACACCGAAGCAGACACAAGCGAACGCCGCGAGGAAGAGGACGGUCAUGCAGCGCGCCGUCCCCGGCUCGCCUCAGAUCCCGCAGAAAGUGCGAGUUGUUAAGUGUCUAACAGGCGGGGAUGAAGCUCCGCCCCUCCAGAAUCAGCCGCAGCAGCAGUUGAUCGGUCGAGCAGCUCCGCAGCAGAGACUUGGUGCCGUCAGGAAGGUCACCGUGGCAACAGAAGACCCUCAACCAUCAACUCAACAGCCACCACCACAGCCACAGCAGCCGUCUGACAUUAACCAGAGCAACCGGGUGGUGGCGUCGGGUCGAGGGCGUGGUCGCGGUGCACGGGGCGCUCGGGUGGCGCCGCAGAGCAGACAGAGUGCCCGAGUUGCCGAGUCUCAGCCCAGCACGGUGUCUAUCGAUGGCCUGUCGUCCUCCACCACCGAGAAACAGAUCAAGAACCUGCUCAACUCCAUCGGCCCCAUACAGAUGUUUAAGAUGAUGCCGCAGCAGAGGAAAGCCAUCGCCACGUUUGUGAAUCCUCAGCACGCUCUGAGUUUCCAGCACAGCUUCCACAGGCACAUGAUCGAUCUGUCUCACAUCGACGUGACCAUCAUCAACGGCUGAGGACGGGACCGGGACGACCGGCACGGAAGUCCGGCGCGGAGCCGAAUGAUCGAAUCUCCGAGCUCCUGGAACCGAGGACCAGAUUUUUUGCCGAAAGCUCUCAAAACACUAACCAGGUGUCGGAGGGAAAAAGACCCAAAACACUGAUAUUAUCAACACCGAGAGCAGAUUUGUGUUUUGUACUCGUGAGAAAAAUAUUCCUGAAACUGAGUGAAACCCAGCAGGAAGUCGCCGAAUAUUCUUCCUUUUCCUCUUUUUCUUUUGAUUGACUGAUCAGUAAGUGAAACGAGGGGACGCCUGUUUUUAAGCGCGGUCUGUAGCGCUGACGCUCGAUAGCGGUCGCUCCCGUCCUUUUUUUUUUUUUUUUUUUUUUAAUAUACGUGUUUAUAUAUGACACUCCUGGGCAUGUAGGUUUUCUUUCUGGAGAUCGAAAAUAAAAAAAACAGCCUGGCAGUGUAGUGUCUUUUCACCACCACUAGAGGGCAGCGUAUGAGAAGAAAAACGCGCAUCAGUGCUUCAUUUGCAGCACAAAAAUCCGGCUCCUAAUCCAAACCGUAUGAACUCGAUUCAGACUCGAUCGAUUCGCUCUUCAGCAUAUUUUAUCAGCUAGGAUUUUUAUUUUGGGUUUCCGAUCGCAGGAUUUAAAUAUUCACGUUUAUUUUAUCAGCGUAAAAUCCCUCAGCAGCGAGGUUUCCUCCACCUCCGUAUUUCUCACAUUGUCAUUCCAUGAAAUUACAUCAGGACGAAAGUUUUAAAUAUAAAUAUAUAUUUCUACAUUUGACUAAAAAAAUUAGCUGGUGUUAGCAUGUGAUUGUGAAUUGUGAUAAGCUAACAUCAUGAAAGCCAACAUUAUGUAGAAUUAGCUUUUCUGUGCUUGGUUUUCGAGACUGCGUUUUCUCUUUUUUUUUUUUUCUUAUUCCUGAGGCAGUUUUUAACGCUAGCGCUCUUCAGGUCGGGUCAUGAUUAGAUGGACGAGCCGAUUUUUUUCCGUUAGCUAUAAAGAUGAGCUACUUCCCAAGCGUUCAGCGUUCAUGUCUCCUCAGAUUCCUCGUUUUAAUGCUAAUUUCACCUCAGGUUUUUGCUUUUCCUGUGUUACGUCUCCCUGCUUUAGCUAUGCUAACUGUAACGUCCACAUUCAGUGAGUUAGAUUUGGAUACGGUCGACGUAUUCGGUGCACUCGGCUUCAUUACUGGUCACUUUUCUGGCUCUUGCUGUAUCCAAACCUUGAGGUUGUGUCCAAAGCCAAAGGAUCGUCUCGCUAGAUUUGUGCUAAUGCUAACUGACCCGUACACGCCUUGCACGUCUGGAGAUUUUUCUGAGGAAAAUGUUUUGCUUAUUUGGGUUUUUUUAGUUCUGUUGCUUCAGUGCGCUCGAUCAUCUUCCACAUUUGAAGGAUUGUUAUGCUAGCAUGGUUGACUAGCGGCCUAGCAUGUGAAAUCUACUUUUACCCCUAUUUAUUGUACCCGAUUGUACCGUUGUGAUCCGCUCCUCGCACAGCUCUCCACCUCCCUCAGGAUCUCGCUGCGAGGGAUUUGCUCGCUAGCAUUGCUAAUUGCGCCGAGGUAAUUAUAGACCGGUCUGUGUUUUCUUUCAGUGGUGAAAAGACGAUGUUUUACACGCAGUUUUGCAAACUAGCAUCCGAUCAGUAUUUUUCUGUGCGUGUUUCUCACGUGCACGUUCUCGCCGUUUCCUCAGCAUUUGCUAGCUAGCGUUCAUUGCUAACUAGCGUCCUGUUUCUCGGCCUGCUGUGGGUUUAACAGGAUGGAGGAGUUCUUCCUGUUGGAGGACUCUUCAUUCCUCCAGCGUUAAUUAUCGCUCGUUUCUCUGGUCCAGGAGUCGUGCGUGUCGGGAGCAGCCGUUAUCAGCGCUCACGCUGCGCUCACGCUGCGCUCGUGUAAAUACCACGUUUCAGGAACUCUAACAAAUCGUUUGUUUUGUUUUUGUUCUUUUUAUUUGAAUUGUUGAAUUAGUUUUGUACUGAAACACACAUCACUGGUUAAUUUCACACGCCGAGGCCGAGGGGUUUCACUUCUCUCAGGCCGAGAAGCUUUUGAAGACGUUUUAAAUAUUAAAAAAAAGGGAAAAACAACAACAAAUGAAUAAAGGAUGGGUCGUGUGUGUACGCUCGGGACGAGACGAAUAACGUGCAGGAGGUUCACUUUAAAAAGAGGGAAAAAAAUAUCUCACGUCUCUUUUUUUCAUUUCAUUUCACCAGUCCUUUGGUUCAAAAUAACAAUUUUUGCACUUUU